UUGUCAAAUACGUCAUGCAUUGCUUGUCAGUAACCGUGAUAGGCAGAUGGUUAUGUCUGCGAACUGAUUUCGAGAGUUUAUGGCUUCAAAGGAGAUAACGUAACAGAGACUUAUCGUAACGCGGCGCAGAGGCAGAGUCGAUUUUAGUGAUAUAGCGACUCGGUUGAAUGCAGCACCUUUAUAAUGGCGGAGGGGUCGGAAUUGAGUUUUUUCGAUUUACGCACGGUGCACGAUCUUUUUGAUCAAGCUCUCUUGGAAAAUGAUGAUAUCGAUCUAAAAGCAUACUUAGAGGCCUACAAUGAACUGUACAAAUUUUUUCAGCUGAUGGGCAGUGUCUUCAGCUUCGUCUCUUCUGAUCUGAAGCACAAGAUAGACGUCUUGACUGAGUUGACAAAUAAAGAUACUCAGAAUUAUACGACUAUUAAAUCUAUGAUUGAAUAUGAGAGAGAAAACAAACUUCUAGAGAAAGGCGAUUUCGUUAAUGGCGCACGUACUUUAUUGCGACUACAUAGAGGUUUAGAUUUUAUUAAAGAAUUUUUACAACAACUGGGUGACCUCUCAGAUAUUGAUAAAACAGCUUGUUGCUGUCAAGACGCGUAUAACAAGACCUUGGCCAAGCAUCAUCCAUGGGUGAUCAGAAAAGCUGCGAUAGUUGCGAUGUAUACUAUGCCUACCAGAGAGGCUCUAUUGAAAAAGGUUUGCGGCGAACAUGUCCAGCGGAAUAUAGAUGUUUUGCCCAAAAUGUUGGAGGUGACUGCCGAUGUGUUCAACUGCACUGACAGCAUUUAUACGACUUACCAACUGCAUGCUCUACCAUAAACGAGAAAGUAAAAGCUAUAUUUUAUUGACAUUUUUGGCUUUUUCAAACACGGCACGUGACAUUCCACAUUUUCGAGAUAUUGUGAUUUUAUCUUGUUGCGAUAUUAUCAAGAUAUUGUAUAGUUAAUAUAUUAUCUUAAUUUUUAUUAGUAAAUGAGCAUGCUUACUUUUGGGAACAUGCGUUUCUUUAUAAUCGAUAUGUAUAAUUAUUAUACACAUUGACAACGUACAAACAAUGGCACAAGCGUACAAUAAGUAAUAUCACUCAUGUAAUAUAACCUUGUCAUCUCAACUUACAAUUAGUAUAUGUCAUUGCGCGCGAAAUUAAUUUUGUUAGGUUUAAGUAUCGUUUCCCGUCGGAAUCGGUAAUUUCGUACGUGCUAUUUAUAAACUAUACUUCGAUGUUGUAUAAAAACUUAUUACUGAUAAAAA